UUCUACAGUCGCAAGAAAAUACAUACAUAGUUUAGAAGUAUAAAUAUAAGUUGUUCUGACAUUAACUUCUAUCUAUUUUAUGAAUUUUUAUGCAUAUAAAAAUAAAAUAUGUUACAAUUUUAAAUAUGCGAAUCAAAAACUAACUUUUCAUAAUAUAUUAAUUAUUUAAUUCGCGUUAUUCAGAAUAACGACAUAACCCUGUCUCUAAUAGUAUCAUAAAAACGAACGAAAUAUUUCUUAAAUCAUGUCGUUGCGUCAAUUUUUUCAAGUAUUAUUGAAAAGAGCUGGCUCUAUUAUGUAUGCUACAAGUUUCACAUUUGUAAAUCAACCAGAAACUAAUAAACCUACAGCAAAUGAUAAAUUACAAUUUGAACCUGUUGAUGUAAAAAAAUUGACUCCUGAAUAUAUGAUACAACAAUCAACCAUAGAUGCUGUUAACAGUGCAACUCAAUCCUUAACUAUUGCAUGUACAACAAUAAUGAAAACAAGUAAUGAAUACAAGGCAUUGUUAAAUGAAUUAAUCACACUUUCAAGGGAAACUCUGGAAUUUAAUGUUACUGAUUCACAUUGGGAUAUGAUAGUUGAAUUAAGGUCACAAGUACAAAGUAAAAAAGAAAUGUUAACUAAGUUAACAGGAUAUGUUGAGUAUGUUCACAAAAUGGCAGUAGCUGCUUCAGAACUAAGUUACUUAUCUGGAAUGGACAACCUAUCUUUCACUCUUACUAAGAGAAUAGAUGAUGCAUUAAAAAUUAUAAAGGAAGAAGUUAAUUACAUUAUGUUACUUGAACAAGAGUACUGUGAUGUACAAAAGGAAUGUAUAGAAAAUUCCAAUAAAGUAACAAGUAACGAAUCUGCAGACGAAAAAUCAAAUGAGCCUACUUAAUUUGAUUUUUGGUUUACAGUUUAAAAAUUAUGUUUAAGUUUUUGUACAGUAAGUAGGAACAUGUUGAAAAUAAAUUACAUGCACAUAU